AUGAACUUCCUUCCCUAUUUUUCCAUUGAGACCUGGGGUCUUCUGAUCACCUUCCUUGCUCUCCUGAUACUAUAUGGGAUCUGGCCAUAUGGUUUAUUUAAGAAACUGGGUAUUCCCGGGCCAACGCCCUUGCCUUUCUUUGGGACCACCUUGGAGUAUCGCAAAGGUAUAGUGGACUUUGACAAAAACUGCUUUCAGAAAUAUGGGAAAAUCUGGGGGCUUUACGAUGGCAGACAGCCUGUGCUGGCCAUCCUGGAUUCUACACUCAUUAAAACUGUACUGGUGAAAGAGUGCUACACCACCUUUACUAACCGCCGGAUAUUUGGUCCAACAGGAGUGUUGAAGUCGGCUAUCUCCAUUGCUGAGGAUGAGCAGUGGAAGAAGAUUCGCACUGUGCUCUCUCCAACCUUCACCAGUGGGAAGCUAAAGGAGAUGUUUCCCAUCAUGGCGCAUUAUGGGAAGGUUUUGGUGAGAAAUGCUCAGAAGCAAGUGGAAAAGGAUGAGCCGAUAGCUGUUAAAGACGUGUUUGGUGCCUACAGCAUGGAUGUUAUCACUAGCACUUCGUUUGGUGUGAAUAUUGACUCCAUGAACAACCCCCAAGACCCAUUUGUGAAGGAGGUUAAGAAACUAGUGAAGUUUGACAUCUUUUCCCCACUUUUUAUUUUGAUAUCUGUAUUUCCAUUCCUUAUUCCUCUUCUUGAUAUGCUGAAUGUGAACAUUUUCCCAAAUGAUGCCCUGGAAUUCUUCACACGGUCAGUCACCAAAAUAAAGGAAAAGCGCAAGAGAGAAACCCGCACGGACCGAGUGGAUUUCCUGCAGCUGAUGAUUGAUUCCCAGAAUUUAAACAUCAGUCACGAAAUCCUGACUGAUAUCGAGAUUCUGGCACAAGCAAUUAUCUUUAUUUUUGCUGGCUAUGAGACCACCAGCUCCAUUCUUGGCUACAUGGUUUACAGUCUAGCUACUCACCCCGAUGUACAGCAGAAAGUGCAGGAGGAGAUAGACUCUGUUCUUCCCAACCAGGCACCUCUCACUUAUGAUGCCCUGAUGCAGAUGGAGUAUGUUGACAUGGCAGUGAGUGAAACUCUCAGGCUCUUUCCUUUUGGAGGGCGAAUUGAAAGGGUCUGCAAGAAAGACGUAGAGAUAAAUGGAGUGACCAUUUCCAAAGGCACCGUGGUUAUGAUCCCACCCUACCUUCUGCAUCGUAUCCCAGAAUACUGGCCAGAACCAGAGGAGUUCAGACCUGAAAGGUUCAGUAAAGAGAACAAAGAGACGAUGGAUCCUUAUAUGUACCUGCCCUUUGGAGCUGGACCUAGGAACUGCAUUGGAAUGAGAUUUGCUCUCCUCUCCAUAAAAGUUGCUAUUGCCAGUCUGCUGCAGAAUUUUAUAUUCAGACCCUGCAAAGAAACUCCGAUACCUCUCAAACUGAGUUCAAAAGGAUUCAUAACUCCAAUGGAACCUAUCAUUCUGAAGUUGGUCCCCAGAACCACAGAAUCGAAGGAGUAAAAUCCAGUGGAGUUUUAUAGCAGCUCUUCAGAGGCCAAUGGCUGCUUUAACAACAGAUACUUUACAGGUUAUUCUGGGAAGCUGAUGUAGGCACAGAAGAGUUUAAUUCAGAAGAAAAUUGCUAAAUAUUUGCAGAAAAGCAUGACUAGAGAGACAGAGAGAGACAAAGUGGGUGAGGUAAGGAACCGUUAGACAAUAUGCUAACUACUUAUGCUAAACUAUGUGUUCGAUGUUGUAGUUAGCUGUGACACUCAUGAGUCCCUUUCCCAGGCCUGGAAAGGAGCUCCAUGUAGCUGGAAAGCUCAUCUUUCACCAACAAAAGUUGGUCCAAUACAAGAUAUUACCUCACCUACCUUGUCUCUCUAAUAUCCUGGGAUCAA